AUGGACAAUGGUAUUUACUGGCGAUUAAAAAACAACGAUAUGUCAUUGGAGCUCAUAAAAUAUAUUGAAGAAGAUGAUAUAAAAAAUAUAUUAAAUUAUGAAGGAUUAUUACAAGAAAUAAAAUCUGAGAAUUUCGAUUUAUUAAAAUAUUUAGUUAAGGAGGAGAAUCUUAUGAAGAUAUUAUCUUAUAUAUUAGAAGAGUCUGAUGAAAGUAAUGAUUAUGACAAAUCAUAUAAAUUUCCUUAUAAAUGUCAUCAAAUUAUAUGUUGUGAAAAUAAAUUGAUAAUAGAUAGUAUUGUAUAUAAUAAUAAGCUUAUGAGAUAUUUUUGGGGAUUUAUAUUAAAUAAGAAACAAUUAAAUGAAGUUCUUUCAGGUUAUUUUAGUAGAUGUGCUAUAUCUAUAUAUAAUAAGAAUACAAAAGAAGUUGUAAAUUUUUUAAGAGCAAAAAAGGAAUUAUAUUUAAAAGCAUUUCUUUAUCAUUUUUAUUCUAGAAAUAUAACAGAAUUAUUUAAAGUAUUAUUAUUUGUUAAGGUUCCUUAUUUAUCUAUAUUUGAUAUCAAAAAUAUUAUUUUUUAUAUCCUUAGUAAUUUAAAUGGAGAUUUUAUUAAUCAUAAUUAUAUUACAUGUGAUAGAGAAGAUAAUAUUACUUGUUUAAUUAGAGAUAUGUUUGUUAGGAAAUCGGAGAUAUAUUAUUUUAAUUAUUUUCUAAUCGAUCUAUCUUCACAAUUAUCAUUUUCUUAUUUGACAAAAUGUAUUUUUUCACAGUCAUCAUCAACCAUCUCAGCAGCUAUAACUAUAAUAUCAGAUCUUAUACAUUAUACUGUUUUGGCCAAGUCUUAUAAUAACAUUGAUUUUUAUGAGUGUUUAGAUAUUUAUAAUAAAGAAGAAGAAUUUAGAAAAAAGGAAAUUGAACACUUGAGGAAAAAAAAACAAAACGAUAAAAGAAGAAGAGAUAGAGAAAGAGAUAGAGAAAGAGAUAGAGAAAGAGAUAGAGAUAGAAAUAGAGAUAGAAAUAGAGAUAGAGAUAGAGAUAUAGAAAGAGAUAGAGGCAGACGACGAAGAAAAAAAAAAAAAAAAAAAAAAGGAAUCAAAAGAAAAGAGAAUGAUGAUAGUAUUGAAAAUGAUGUUAUAAAAAGAGAUAUGCGUAAUAAUACGUUACAACAUGUUGAUACUAAUCUAGAAGGAAUGACCAAUAUUGAAAAUAGUCAUAAUAUUAUGAGUAAUACAAAAGAAGGUUAUCAUAAAGAAAUAGAUGAAAACCAAAAUAUGAAUAAUUUUGAAAAUAAUGACUUAAAGCGUAUGACAAGAGUUGAUGAUCAUUUUUUGAAACAAGAACGUGAAGAUAAUAUCUUACAAACAGAGGCUCAUAAUAACAACUUUGAAAAUACAAAUGAAGAGGAGUUAUCACAAGAAGAAGAACAUAAUGAUGAGCCUAGAAUAUCUUUACCUCUAAAUGAAGCUAAUGCUCAAAAUGAACAUGAUAAUGAAAAUAAUAAUAAUAAUAAUAAUAAAGAACUCAUAAGUGAAGAAAAUUCCCUAUAUAAUUCACUCAUAAAUAAAACAUACAAUUUAGAUGAUAAUGAAAAAAAUGCGAAGGAUCAUAAAGAAGAUGUUGAAGAUAAUAAGGAUAAUUCUUUUAAAAAUCAAAGCCAUACAAAUGAUUUUCCUUACAAUUCUCAAAACUAUCAGAAUGAUUAUUCAUAUUCUUACAGAAAAGAUAAAUUAUCCUUGCCUUCUGAUGAUGACAAUUAUAGUGAUGACAAUUAUAGUGAUGAUAAUUAUAGUGAUGAUAAUUAUAGUGAUGAUAAUUAUAGUGAUGAUAAUUAUAGUGAUGAUAAUUACAGUGAUGACAAUUACAGUGAUAACAAUUAUAGUGAUGACAAUUAUAAUGAUGGCCUACAAAACAAUAACAGUUUAAAUUAUCGUAAAAAUAAUAUUUCGUCUAUGUCAUAUGCUCAUUUGAAACAUAUAAAACUUGAGCAUGUACUUAAUAAAAUGAAACGGUUAGCUAGUCAUAAAUAUUGUGUCAACCUGAAUAAUGAAGAGAGUAUGCGAACAAAAGAGGAAAAUAAUAACAGCACGGUGAUUACAUCAAAUGGUAACAAUAAUAAUAAUAAUAAUAAUGUAGAUAAUUAUAAUAAUAAUAACAAUGCUGAAGAUAAUAGAAAGGAAAAUACUUUUCAUAUAUUUCAAAAAGAAGAAGGUGAUGCUAAUAUCCCCCUAAAUAAAUGGAUUGAAUAUUUAGAUAAUAGUACUUUUAUAGAUAUAUGUUUUUUUAGUUAUAUAAAAGAUAUUAUGAAAUUGUAUAUUAUGAAUAUUAAUAAGAAUAAGAAUAAAAAUAUUUUAGGAUUUACAACAUUAGAAAUAAUUCAAUUAAUAAAAACAUUAAUUAAAACGAAAUCCAAAAAUAUCCUAACAGAAAUUAUAGAUGAAGGAUUUUUUGAUAUAUCUAUUGAUAUAUUUUUUAAAUAUAAAUGGAAUAAUUUAUUACAUAUAUCUGUAUGUGAUUUAUUACAAACUAUUAUAUUUAAAGAAAAUGAAUAUUCCUAUUUGUUAUAUUAUAUUUUAGCUCUAACAACGUUUCUUCCUAAAUGUUUACGUUAUUUUGAUGCAGUUAGAAGAUGUAGAAGUAUUAAAAAUAAAAAAAAAAAAAAAAAAUUUGAAAGUAUGAUAGAUUGUGGUUAUAAAGCACAUCUAUUACAUAUUUGUCAAAUAUUAAGUAAUAAAUCUUUAGAAAUAAAAUGGUUGUCUAAUUUUCUAGUUACUGUAUCUGGAUGGAAUGAUAUAAUAAUUGACGAGUUAAAUCAUUAUUCUCUAUAUUUUAAUGAUAUAUCCUAUUCGGAUGAAAAAAAAAAUGAAGACAUGGAACUAGAAGAUAUAGAAAAUAGUCAUACUAAUUUCAUUAAUAGUAAUAUAAAUAAUAAUAAUCAUAAUAAUCAACAUGAUGAUGAUAAAGAGAGAAAAAAAAAUUAUAAUAAUAAUAAUGAUGAUGAUGAUGAUGACCAGAAUUUUAAUAAUUAUUCUAAUGUUAUAGAUAUACUCUUUGAUGAAAAUAAAAAUGAUUUUUCUACAUAUGAUGAUAAUCAUUUUUAUAAAAAUGAAACUAAUGACAAUGAGCAAUUUGCUGUAACAUCCAAAUACAGCUUUGAAGAUCACCCUUAUGAGGAAAACAUAAAUGAACACCAUAAUAAAGAGAAGAUGGAAAUUCAUACUGAUGAAGACAAUAAUAAAAAUAAUGAUGACAAUAUAAAUCAUGAUGACAAUGUAAAUUGUGAUGACAAUGUAAAUAAUGAUGACAAUAUAAAUUAUGAUGAUAAUAUAAAUCAUGAUGACAAUAUAAAUUAUGAUGAUAAUAUAAAUCAUGAUGAUAAUAUAAAUCAUGAUGAUCAUAAAAAUUUUAAUUAUGAAGAAUUUUCCAUUCAAAAUAAAGAUCAGGAUCAAACACAACCAUCCACACAAGACUUAAAUAUGGAUGAUCAAUUUUUUAAUAAAAAUAAUAAAGAAAAUAAUAAUGAACCUGUUAUUUUAUCGAGUGAAGAAUAA